GAUGUCAGUCAAUUAUGGAGUUGCAUGGGUACAAGUAUAUUUAGGUGAGAUUUAUGAUAUACAUGGCAUGGAUACAAGAGGAGAUUGUUGGUGCAGCAAUGGUCAUAAUGAGCAAUAUUAUAUUACAACCUUUAAAUUAUCUUAUUCAUUAAAUGGAGGUCAAUUUAAUUAUUAUGUAGAUGAAAAUGAAAUCCUCAAUGGAAAUGUCGGAGCAACAUGGAAUAUACCUAAUAGAAAGACUUUUGACAAGAAAAUUGAAGCUGAUACACUAAGGAUACACCCAAUAACUGGUUUCUAUUCAGCAUUAGCCUUUGAAUUAUAUGGCUGUGGUAAUAUAUCUUUAUAA